AUGACGUUCCUAUCACCAUCCUUCAAGAAGGGACUAUUAUUGAAACCAUUCAAGAAGAGGGGACAAUUCAAGAAGAAUCACUUCAAGGAAGAUUUGGAAUCAUCCAUCAAUAAGGAUCUUUCUUCUUCGUCGUCGUCGUCGUCGUCGUCUUUGUCUAUCGGAACGAUUGAAAAAGAUCAUGAUGAUGAUUCUAGUCUCGAGGAUCCUGGCAACGACGAAGUUGUUCUUGAUACAGAACAACAACUACAACAAAAACAACAAAAACAACAAGCAGAAGCCGAAGUACAACCAAAUGUGGAAUACUCUUCCGUCUUGGUGGAAAACCACCAUUUGGACGAUCAACCCGUCGAAACCGAAUUGGUCUUGACCACGACUACUACCUACACUCAUUCCAAUGAUCUUGACGAAGAGCAACUAUUCCGCAUGCAACUACAGUCACAAGAAGACGAAGAGGAGGAAGAAGAAGAAGGUUCCAGCAUUGCCCAAUAUUAUACUUCUGUCCAAUGUCCUUCCUUGGACGUCACCUCUGAUGAUACCGAAGUCAUUCUCAAUACCAACAAUGUUUCACGAUUCCUUGCCCGAUGCACUUCUGUCCAAUCUUCCACUUCUUUUUCUUCUUCUUCUUCUUCUUCAUUGGACGAGGUCAACACUACAGAAGUCAUUCUCAAUACCCAAGAUGUCUCACGCUGUACUUCCGUCUUGAUUGAAGAGGAAGGACACAAUCAUCACAACAAUUACAAGCCCUCCGGAACCGAAAUGGUACUCACGAAAGCACGAAUGAUGGUGAUGAUGAUAGAGGGUACUACUCCUACUACUCCUACUACUCCUACUCCUACUAGUAUUCAAGAAGAAGACCACCAAGACAAACAAAAAGAAGAAGAAGCAAGCAUGCCUGAAGUGAUUCCGCCCUCGGAAGAUGACUUUAUUGUGGUCCUUUCCGAUCAUCAUCAUCAUCAUCCUCAUCAUCAUUAUCAUCAGCAGCAUGACCACAACAACAACUACAACAAUAAGGAGGAGGAAGAAGAAGAAAUCAAGAAUGUCCAAGAAGAACCUACUACUAUUAACAAUACUCCACAAGACACGACCACGACCGCCAUCAUUGUUGACCAUGACGAUGAUGAUGAUGAUGAUAAUGAUGAUGACAAUGUGUCAGUCUCGUUGCUUUCCUUUUGCAACCACCACAUGGCCAAGAAGCACCAAACGGAACAAGAAGAAGAAGAAAAAGCAUCAUCGUUCAUGGGACAAGAAUCUACUACUACUACUACUGUUCCACAAGACAUUAUUGAUCAUGAGGAUAAUGUGUCCGUCUCGUUACUGUCCUAUCAUAUGAAUGCCAACUACAAGAAUCAUCCUGUUCCCCUACAAGAAGAUGAAGAAGAAAAAGAAGCCGACAAUGUAUCCGUAUCUCUAUUGUCCUUUCUUCAGAACAAUGACUACAGUGACAAUACUAAUAAUGAUACGGUCCAUCAUCGUCAUCAUCAUCAUCAUCAUGAGGAACAAAAGAAUGUUCACCGGGGACGCACAAUCGUCCACAACAACAACAACAACAACAACAACAACAACAACAAGUCGUUUGCCACUCGCUUUUAUGGGCAGAGGAGCGCCAGUACUACUACUACUACUACUACUAAUGCUACGAAUCCUUGGAGAGGAGAAAGCAAGGAAGAAGAAGAAGAAGAAGAGCAGUACCAUGAUAAUCAUUAUGAUCAUCAUGACUAUGAUUACGAUUCCACACGACCAGUAUUUGAUACCAUCACCCAACGGGCACAUUCGGAACAAGAAGCCAGUGCAAUGGCCUAUGACCAAACGCCAAGCAUCUUGUCCUUUACCACCUUUCAAAAUGACUUGUGGAUCAAAAUGAUUCAUUAUGGUGGUGGUGGUGGUGGUGGAAGAACUGCAGGAGGAGGGAGCAAUCAUCCUUCGGAAGAAAGAACCGAGGAACAAAAAGACAACGACGAUUCCAGCAGUGUCGAUGCGACUCAAACACUUGGACAAACGACGAUUGGUUCUGAAUCGACUGGUAUCACUACUACCACGGUUCAUCGUGCAGGUGCAGAAGCAGUAAAUCCCUUUACUCUCUUGUGCACUGCCUUGGAAGAUGAGGUUGCUCACAGCAGUCAAGAAUUGCAAUCCAUGUUGACCCAAGCUUUGGAUGAUUCUGAUUAUUCUCCCUCGUCGUUAUUGGCUCAAUUGGUGACCAAUAAUAACAAUUGGUUGCAACAAAAGGCAUUGAGGGCUGGCAUUCCCAAGAACGACUUUGAACGAAUCAUGGCGGACUUGUUGUUUCUAUGA